AUGGAUCGAGGCGAAGGUACGUCGGAUGGUCGUGUACGACGCAAGCCAGAAAAUGAAGCAGUGGAAAUCAAACAAGAGCCAGACAUCAAGGAAGAUCCGUCGGAUGGUAUAGAAUUUUAUUUGGCAACAAAACCAAAUGAAACAUUCGUAGGAGAUGCGGUGGACGCGACAUCGAAAAUGGAAUCGGCUGACGAGUCUGAAUAUGAUUUUGAUCACGACAUUGAUUUGAAUGAUGUGAAAGAGGAAGUGAAGUGUGAAGAUGAGAAGCCAGACAAAGGAAAAGAUCGGUCAGGAGAUUCCGGCUCAGAUAGAAAUGGAUCAAAUGCUUAUGAUGGUCAAGAUAAUGAAGUGAAGGUCAACUCGAAAGUCGAUCGCAACAGACUCAAUCGAAGUGGAAUCGUGAAGAAACGCGAUGGAUCGAGAAAACAAAACAAACGAACGAUUCCGAGGAAUAAGGCGCCGAAGAAACGAAAGGAGCACAAGUGUCAUGUGUGUGGUUAUGUUACAUCGCACAAAGGGUGUUUCGCCAGACACAUUCGUAUUCACACAGGCGACAAGCCUUACAAGUGCGAUGAUUGUUCGAAAAGCUUCACUCAAAAAUCCAAUUUGAAUCACAAGAAAAUCCACAGCGGUGAAAAGCGUUUCGAAUGUCCG